UCUGAUUCUAACUAUCGUUUACUAUGUCGUUAAUCUUUACUCCGUACUCUUGGGGAAACUGGACGGGAACUGAUUCUAUUACUUGAAAACGCUUCUGCUCGCAGUCUGCUCAGGAAAUGUCCGAUAUCCCUCACAAGGGCUGCUGAAGAGUUCUCUCGAGUUUCAUCUUCUUUCACCCUCCAAAUCAGUAACUCCAUUGUAACUAACUGUUCAGUUCAGCUAAGUUAGUUCCUUCUCAAUGAUACCCAACUCUCAUAGUUGUAUUAUUAUUAUUAGUACGCAGCGACGACCACGACGACGACGACGAUGACAAAUCCUAUUUUAUUACCUCACUCUGAUAAUCAGAACGGCCGAAAGUUGGAGCUCCUAGACAUCAUACGCCAAUUCCCAAUAGUGUCCGUCCUUGUCCCUCAUAUGGGUCUUGGUGAUGUCUUGAACCUAUCCCGCGUCAACUCCCAUUACAGAGCUGUUCUUCACGGGUUUGCGCUCCCCAUCUCGGAUCCUGCGGACUUGAUCAACCCGGCCAACAGUAGCCGGCGCAUCAGACCGGAUAUUCAUAUUGGAGACCACCAAACCUUAUACUGGAAAAAUAUAAAGAAAAGCGGACAGCUUAUCUGCUCAGAACCAACACACACAAGAGGUUUGACGCCACAUUUAUGCAAGUACUGCUCUUUGCCCGUCUGUGAAGCGUGCAUCGUCAAAGAAUCCUUCCGCCAAUCCACCUCAGCAUACAAAAGUCGCACCCGCCCCUUAUGCAUCGACUGCUGGCUCUCCGGCCAACCCCACAAUGGGCGGCGACCAUCUGCACCACCGUACCACAAUGAUGCUUCCAACCCCGUAGCCAGCGCAUACUGCAUCUGUACCGCCAAGGACGGCUGGAUGUGUUCGAAGUGUCGCGAGAUCCAGGUCCGGACGGGCCAAGAGCCGAUUGCGAAGUGUAGUGGUGAAGGGUGCGGUGGGCCGCCAGGGAAGGAUAAUGGUCGGAGAAGGAUCUGUCUCUGGUGUCAUUUGCCGCUGGUGGCGCGGCCAUCUAUGGAGCAGUCGCGGGAAUGGUAUGCGGAGAGGCAUGCGUUAUUGGAGGAUGGUCGGUGGGAUGAGUUGAAUUGGGAUGGCGAGAUGGAGUAUGAGAUGGAGGUGGAUGGGGGCGGAGGAUCGGAAAGGGGAUGGCAGAAAGAUAUAGAAGCAAGACAGAGUGCGCGCUAAAAGCAAACAUUGUUUGGUUGAAUAUUCUGAUCUGAAUGAUUGAAUGAAGUAUCAAAUUUUUUCUAUAUCAGCAGAACAUAGCAUUAGCCACAAAUCCAUUAACCCUCUCUCACGCGGAGGAUUGCGGUACAAAGAAAAAAAAAUUAAAAAUCUCAAGAAACGGGAUAGAAUCGAAGAUCAAAGCCUUGUUCUUUUGGCUAGUAAAGAAGAUUCAAGAGAGCUAACCCAAACCUCACCCAAGUCUAAUGAAAUUGGCAAUUAACAUUGCUAAGCUACCAUACAUCCUAGAUUCCCACUUGUAGAUAUUUAUAUCCCCCUAUCCAAACAAAACUCAGAGAAAGGUUAGACAGGGCAAAUCAAGACAAUUUUUUUCAACGGUUCG